AUGUUGUCUGGGGAAUCUCCUCAGCUCAUGAAGCAAGAGCCACCAGAAGAGCCCUCCCAAAACUGGGAUGCCCAGUUGCAGGAAUUCCUGAAGACACUUCAGGCUCCUUGUUCUAGAGGGGAUGGCCCACGGCUGCCUGAACCGAGGCAGUGGACUGAUAGCAGAGCAUCUCCAGAGCCUUCCGAAGGAGUGACAGAGGCCACCAAGUGGCCCAGUGGAUUGUGGGCUUCCCAACCCCAGCCAAUUCCCAUUGGAGGAGUAACGCAGGACCAUCCGGCCAUGUGCCAUGGGAAGGAGGAGAGAGUCCAAACUGGAGAAGCCAUUGGGGCAGAGAUACGGCGCCAGCAUUUCAGGAAACUAUGCUAUCAAGAAGCCGAGGGCCCUCGAGAGACUUGCAGGCAGCUUAUGGAGCUUUGUCAUCAGUGGCUGAGGCCCGAGAGACACACCAAGGAGCAGAUCCUGGACCUCUUGACUCUGGAGCAGUUCUUGGUUGUCCUGCCACCAGAGAUGCAAUGCUGGGUCAGGGAGAGCGAUCCGCAGAACUGCACCCAGGCUGUGAGCCUGGCAGAGGAUUUCCUUCAGGCACAGCUAGGCGCUGAAGGAUGGGAACGGCAGAUUAAGGGGUCAUCAGAAGACAUGUUUGUAAAUCUACCCAAGACAAGCAAGGAAUUGCCAGACGCAGCAAAGAAACAGCGUUGCAUGGAAGUCCAGCAGUGCGUUGACGGAAGUGCAGUUUUUUCAGGCGAUGGGUGGCCAAGCGAAAAUGAUGAGCAGAAGCCUUUGCUGGAGAGCCCUGAGGAAGAGGAGCCAGAGAAGAUGUCCUUGGAAACAACCAAAGAGAACAACACCUCAUGUGGUGGAGAAAGUGAUGAGAAUCAGUGCAGGGCAGACAGGGAGAACAGAAACGACAACGAGAAAGAAAUGGCAGAGCCUGUUUCUUCUGAAGGCACUUGCAAAGGUCUCGACGAAGUCCAGCAGCAGGGAAAUAAAGUGAAAGAUGAGACAUGUGAGGAAAACUUGACACAGAAUGUGCAUCAUCUUACAGGUGAGAGCAGCUACACGGGAGAGAAACCAUACAAGUGCUGGCACUGUGGCCAGAGUUUUGCUAGCAGCUCAGACCUUGUGUCCCACGAGAGAACCCAUGUAGGGGAGAAACUGUAUAAAUGUUCCCACUGUGGAGAAAGUGAGAGAACCCAUACGGGACAGAAGCCGCAUAAAUGCUCACACUGUGGGAAUACCUUUGGGUGGAACUCGCAAGAGGGAAUCCAGGCUGGCGAGAAACCUUAUACCUGCUUAGAGUGUGGGAAAAGUUGCAGUCAGAGAUCGGACCUCCUUAAACACCAGAGGACGCACACAGGGGAGAAACCUUACAAAUGCACUGUAUGUGGGAAAAACUUCACAAACAUCUCAGGUCUCAAAGUCCACCAGAGAAUCCACACGGGCGAGAAACCGUACAAAUGCUCACACUGUGGGAAAUGUUUCAGUUGGAGCUCUCACUUCAUGUCACAUGAGAGAAUCCACACAGCAUUGUGCUCAUACUGUGGGAAAAGCUUCAGUCAAAAGUCAGACCUCAUCGAGCACGAGCGAACCCAUGCAGCAAAGGAGACGUUGGCAUGCUUUGCUUGUGGGAAAGCCUUCAGUGUCAGCGCAGAACUGGUUGCACAUGUCCGGACCCACAAAGAAAAGCCUUUUGAAUGCUCGGUCUGUGGGAAGACCUUCCGGAACAGUUUGCAACGAAUCGCACAUCAGAAAGUCCAUACGGGAGAGAAGCAGCAUAAAUGUUCCCACUGUGGGAAAAGCUUUAGCCAAAGGCAAAGCUUGAUUAUUCAUGAGAGAAUCCAUACAGGAGAAAAACCAUAUAAAUGUUUAGUCUGUGGGAAAAACUUCAGAAAUGUCCCAAAUCUUAAAUCACAUGAGCGGACGCAUACAGGAGAAAAACCAUAUAAAUGUUCCUACUGUGAUAAAAGCUUCCGCUGGAGCUCUCACCUGGUGCUGCAUGAGAGAAUCCACACAGGAGAGAAGCCCUACAGAUGUUCAGACUGUGGGAGAGCCUUUGACCGGAGGUCAAAUCUUCUUGUGCAUGUGAGAAUCCACACCGGGCAGAAACCUUACAACUGUUCCGAUUGUGGGAAAAGCUUCACCUCCAAUUCUGUUCUUCUUCGACAUCAGAAAAUCCACGCAGGAGAGGAACCUUGUACAUGCUCCGAAUGUGGGAGAAUCUUCUGGCGGCGGUUGGACCAGAUUGACCAGAAGGGCUCAAAAUGUUCUGAGUGCUUGAGAAGCAGCUACAUGAGCUCAGAUCUGGUGGUUCGGGCGAGAAACUGUGCGGAGGAAAAGCCGUUCGAGUGUUCUGUCUGUGGGAAGAGUUUUCGGAAUAGCUCACACCUCCUUACCCACCAAAGUGUCCACACAGGUGUUCAGCCAUAUCAGUGCUCAGACUGUGGACGGAACUUUGUGAGAAGGCCCAAUCUCCUCGCUCCCAUGAAUGACCAUGCAGGGCAGAAACCAUACAAAUGUUCGGAUUGCGAGAAGAGUUAA